AGUUUCUACGUGACAAAAUAUAUUUUUAGUUAGCCCCCUGCAUGUACACAAGCGUUUUCCACCAUGGGAUUGUUAACGUUGGGCUCGCCGCUAAGUUGGAAAGACACCAAGAAGUUUGCCGACCAUGUCCGAAAACACGGCACACAACAACUGAUCAACAUCUACCGGCGUCUGAAAGAUCGGCAGGGCGCCGUCUUGAAGUGGGGAGACGAGGUGGAGUACAUGCUGGUUGUUAUGGACGCAGACAACAAGACGGCCCGUCUGAGUCUGAAGGGAAACGAAGUCCUGGAAAUACUGGAGAGGAGGGAGAAAGAAAGUCCGAGUGACUACCCCGCGACAUGGCGACCCGAGUAUGGCGGUUUCAUUGUGGAAGGGUCGCCGGUUAGGCCAUACGGACACCUCAUGGAGCAUUUAAACAUGGUGGAGGCCAACAUGAGGCUGAGACGAGAGGAGAUACUGUCAGUACUUGACCAAGAAAGAGGCGAAACUGUCAUCACAUUCACUGCCUUCCCAAGGGUUGGCUGCCCAGGCUCUACAGACCCAGAGGUGGAGUGUAACCCGACAGUAAACACAGCAUCUCAUUCGUUGUUCUUUCCUGACGCUGCGAUCAACCAUCAUCCCAGGUUCAGGACUCUGACCCGCAAUAUAAGAGAGAGGAGAGGAGAAAAAGUCUGCAUUAACACACCAGUUCUCAAAGAUAUAAACACGCCAAAGCCAUUCAGGGACACAUUCCCAAACGACGACAUAGAAGCGUCAUGGCACGCUAAAGACGACCACAUCUAUAUGGACCAUAUGGCGUUUGGAAUGGGCUGUCCGUGUAUACAGUGUACAUUCCAGGCUUGCGAUCUGGGGGAGGCCCUGCGCUUAUAUGAUCAGCUGACGCCGCUCUGUCCGAUCUUUCUGGCUCUGACUGCGGCUGCGCCAGUGUACCGAGGGUAUCUGGUGGAUACAGAGUGCAGAUUUAACAUCAUCGCACAGUCUGUCGACUGUAGGACACGGGAGGAAAGGGGACUAGAGCCUCUGAAAAACGACAGGUUUGUGAUUCCAAAGUCCAGGUAUGACUCCAUCGACUGUUACCUGACUCCUGAGGCCGAGAAGUACAACGACAUUGACCUUGUUCUGGACCAGGACAUCUGCCAGCAACUUCAGGACGCAGGUAUGGACAGGUCUCUUGCCCGUCACUUUGCCCACCUGUUUAUCCGGGAUCCGAUUUCGCUCUUCAGCGAAAAGAUCCACCAAAACGAUGAGCAGGAAACAGAUCACUUCGAGAGCAUUCAGUCUACAAACUGGCAGCCGAUGAGAUUCAAACCGCCUCCUCCCAACUCUACUAUAGGCUGGCGCGUGGAGUUUAGGCCAAUGGAGGCACAGUUAACGGAUUUUGAGAACGCGGCGUAUGUGGUGUUCAUCGUCCUUCUGACAAGAGUCAUCCUGUCCUACAACCUCAACUUCCUCAUCCCUAUAUCUAAGGUUGAUGAAAACAUGCAGGAGGCCCAGAAGCGAGACGCUGUCAGACAGGGGCUGUUCUGGUUCAGGAAGGAGGUUCUGCCUCCAAGGCCCUACAGUGAGUAUAACGACGGAUGCUUUGAGCAGGAAGAGGAUAAGGAGUACACCAAGAUGACAAUCAACGAGAUUAUCAACGGCCAGGCUGGCGGUUUCCAGGGUCUUGUGUCUCUGAUGAACUCCUACCUGGAGACAGUCGACAUCGAUGUGGACACCAGGUGCUCUGUACAGCAGUAUCUCAUGCUCAUCCAGAAGAGGGCCUCAGGUGAACUGAUGACCACAGCUCGAUGGAUUCGAGCUUUCGUCCAGAAUCAUCCAAAAUACAAAUCUGACUCCGUCGUUUCCGAAGAAAUCGCCUACGACCUCACGAAGGUUGCCGAUGAGAUCACGAAGGGUGUUCGGGCAUGUCCGGAACUCUUCGGAACGCCUCGUACGCGCACUAAAGUCUCCCUGUCUUCUGUGGGGCAAAAGAAGUUACGUAAAGAAAGUUCCGACAAGGCUGACAUCGAUGUUUUAAUUUAGAAGUACAGUCAACCUGAAGAAAAGUGUCCGUUGUAUAACCAGCAAAAAGCAACAUUUUUGCCAACCUUGCCGAUCUAGUCGGCCAUGCAUUUGAUUGAUUUAGAUAGUCGUUCUAAAAGUACUCGACUCCAUCUUGUUCUCAGAGGCUCCUUGACGAUACCCUCUGGCUACUGCCACAAACGUUUGUUACUUACUCAAGCUUAUAUAAGAGAUACGAAACGUUUCCAGCUGUAAUUCCUUUGGUUGAUUAGUAAUAAUUAGUACUUUUGUUUACAUGAUAUUGUAUUGGGGAGGGAGUUUUUCUUCGCAUGUGUCUGUUUCCAUUUUAAGUUAAAGUGAGCUGUUAAGAUAAGUGUAUACCUUGAG